AUGAUCCCAUUGGAACCGACCGUGUCCCGCGCCUCGCGGCGGUCACGACACAGCGAGCACGACCUGCACCCGUACACCGAGCAGUGGGAGUCGCACGGCGAGCCCUCGUCACCCCGUCACUCGCUGCACUCGCUCCGCUCCCGCCCCGCCCACAUUCACCCCACCGCCCACCACCACCCCUCCGAGCUUGAACGCACCACAUCCCCCCGCCCCGAGACAGUGCACUCGAUCGAGGAGGCGGGGUAUGCCGCGCCCGUGCCGCUCGGCGACGGUGUGCUCGAGUCGGCGGUUGCGCCGUUCCACUCGCGCCCGGACGAUGCCGUCGAGCCCGGCGGCGGGGGCGGCGCAGUCGACGAGGCUGCGCGCAUCGCCGAGCUCAUUGGCCCUCCGCCAGAUGGCGGCCGGGAUGCAUGGCUCUGUGUCGUCGCCGCCUUCGGGCAGCAGUUCGCCAUGUUUGGCCUUAUGACGGCCAACGGGCAGCUGCAGGCCUAUUACUUGAACAACCAGCUGCGCGAGUACUCCAAGUCGGACAUAGCAUGGUUCGGCUCGAUCCAGACGCUGAUCGAGUUCUCGUUCGCCAUCUUCACCGGCCGCUACUUUGACAUCCACGGGGCGCGGCUGCUCGUGUCGAGCGCGACGCUGCUCGCGUUCGUCAGCGUCAUCGGCCUCGCAUUCAGCCGCGAGUACUACCAGUUCUUCCUCUCGUUCGUGCUCUUCGGCUUCGCCGCGUCGCUCAUCUACGCGCCGUCCGCCGCCGUCGCGAGCCACUGGUUCGACAAACGCCGCGGCCUCGCCAUCGGCUGCAUCGUCGCCGGCUCCGGCCUCGGCGGUGUCCUCUACCCCAUCAUUCUCGAGCAGCUUUUCCGCCAGAUCGGAUACCGCGACACGAUGCUGUUCGUGGGCGCCCUCAAUUUCUUCCUCAUGUUCCCCGGAAUAUGGUGGAUGAAGACGCGGCUGCCGCCGCGCGCCCCGCCAAAGUGGAGCGCGAUGAAGGCGCCAUGGAAGGACAUCCGGUAUGUCGUGCACGUCAUCGGCGCCGCGCUGUUCGGCAUGAAUGUCCUCGCGCCCUACUUUACCGCCAUCUACUAA